UUGACUUUCACGGAAGACCGAUUCCUCAUAAACGGCACUAAACUGGGAUCGGCGUUCGGUUACGCCGUGGAAGUCGUUGAUCUGAACAACGACGGCUUCGAUGACCUGGUUAUCGGUGCGCCAUUCGAGCAUCGCUCUGAUUCUGAUGGCCAUUUUGGCGGAGUUGUCUAUGUUUAUUUCUCACAGGGUGUGGAGCGAAAGAAGUUCGAAUCACACAAAGUAUUCCACUCUCCAAUCAUUUUGAAAGGACCCGAACCUUUUUCACAAUUUGGUCUUGCUAUCAGUAAAUUAGGCAAUGUCGAUGGAGACAAAGACGGUUUCAACGGUAUAGUUUACAGGACUUCGCUGUUGGUGCUCCAUUCGCCAAUGAAGGAACUGGAGCAGUCUAUGUUUUCCUUGGCAGCAAAUCGAAAAAGGACUUCCGAAAAACUCCUUCUCAGGUACACCUUAGUCUCACUGGUCAUCGUUGAUAUCAUACUUGGGUCGGAUCUUCCAAAUGUCCGACGCCCACUGAAGUCAUUCGGCUUUUCGUUAUCAGGAGGUUCAGAUCUUGACGGCAACGGGUACCCCGACCUUGUCGUGGGCGCUGUCACUAAGGGAGUGGUCACAAUCUUGCGGUAUGUAAUUACAUGUUGA